AUGAUCAUGAUGAUGACGAUGAAGAAGAUGAUGAUGAUGACAAAUAUUAUGAUCAUGAUGAUGAUAAUGAUGAUGAUGAUGAUAAUCUACCUAAUUGGAAUGACUAUAGCUAAGCUAAUUGAAUUAAAAUAUAGUUAGUGAAUAUUUUUCUAAGCUCGUAUUUUUCUGAGUUUAAGUGACAUGGAUGAAAAUUAUACCCAAGGACAAGGGUUAAGGAUGGAGAAAGGUCAAGGACAAGACCUAGGGAUUGAGGAUGGUCGAGGACAAGACCAAAGGUUGGAUAAAGGUCGAGGUCAAGACCAAUGGUUGGAUGAUGGUCGAGGUCAAGGCCCAGGAAUUGCUAUUGGUCGAGGUCAAGGCCAAUGGUUGGAUGAUGGUCGAGGUCAAGGCCUAGGAAUUGCUAUUGGUCGAGGUCAAGGUCAAUGGUUGGAUGAUGGUCGAGGUCAAGGCCUAGGAAUAGCUAUUGGUCGAGGUUAAGACCAAAGGUUGGAUGAAGGCCGAGGAUAGGCCAAAGGAAGGAUUUAUGAAGGCCGAGGAUAGGCCGAAGGAAGGAUUUAUGAAGGCCGAGGAUAGGCCGAAGGAAGGAUUUAUGAAGGCCGAGGAUAGGCCGAAGGAAGGAUUUAUGAAGGCUGAGCUCAUGCCGAAGGGAGAAUUUAUGAAGGCCGAGGAUAGGCCGCAGGAAGGAUUUAUGAAGGCCGAGGAUAGGCCGAAGGAAGGAUUUAUGAAGGUCGAGGAUAGGCUGAUGGAAAGAUUUAUGAAGGCCGAGGAUAGGCCGAAGGAAGGAUUUGUGAAGGCUGAGCUCAUGCCGAAGGGAGGAUUUAUGAAGGCCGAGGUUAAGGCCGAAGGAAGAAUGAUGAUGGUUGAAUUCAAGAACUAAGGGUUGAAAAGUCGAGGUCAAGACCUAAGGAUAGAUCGAAGUUAAAACCUGGUGCACGAGGAUAAGGGCGUCAAUGACUUUGGAAAUUCUAUGGACAUUACGUUGAGAUGUACGAGUUCAACAUGAAAGCUAAACUGCAACUUGAAGAUUGAUAUGAAAGGAGACCAAGGACAGCAUGUUCAUAAAAUAAGCAAAGAGGUAAUGAGGGAAAAGUGCUUGAAAAAAAAGGGUUGGAAAAAAAAACUUGCAGAAUCCUUUCCUAGUCACGAAGACGAUGCUAAGCUUCUUAUAGAAAUCUAAAUGAGUCUGUUACAGUGAAUCUUUGAAACAAUAUUAUCAUAGUGAAAUUAAUAUUUUGUGAUAAAAGAACAUGUGAACAAAGUGUAUGUCUAUUCAAGAACGACUAAGAUGUAGUAUUUAAGAUAAUUUAUAAGCUUAGAUUAAAAGUAAACUACAUAGUCAUAGUAUUAGGCUAGAUCAUAGUUCAAUUGAGUAGCUUGGCACUCAUAUUAGGAAAAAAAAUGAUAAUAUUUCUAACAAUAAACGCAAAAUAACUGAUAGAUAAGCGAAUAACUACAUAAAUGAUGCACUGUAAUACUGUAUUGCCAUUUUCUAAGACUGAAUCAGUUUUAAAGUGGUUUAGAACUGAAAAUCGACAAUUUGAGGAAAAUAGGUUGGAAUAAGCUUUUGACUACACAGUUGUACUAAUUCUAUAUUGGAGUGGGUUGGUGUCAAAUUGUUACAGGAAUGAAAUCAACAAUGAAAUCACUCUCUUCUACAUAAAAUAAGUAUCUGCAGUUAAUGUUAACGAUAAAGCGAUUGAUAAGUACAUAAUGAAAGUGAAUAAGAAUAAGAAUAGACGACAGAUACGAGGAAUAAAAAGUAGAAAUAAACAAAUAAACUCAUCAGAUUGAGGAUAAAUAGAAUAGUUUCAGUUUCGUUUUGAAUAUAGACAGUGAUUCAGACUGUUUGAUAUCCAUAGCAGUAUAGCGAUAACAGUAAAAGAUUUAGCAUAAUAGGAAGAGGAGUAUGUAGGUAUUUUCAACCGUAGAUUAUUUUGAAAACGAAGAGAAAAGGA